GCUUUCUCAAAAACGAUGCUGGCGCUGCGCUGCUCCGGAUUCACAUGGUGGUUACUUGAGAUCACGUUCGCGUACUGGCUGGUUGGAAAAGAGCAAAAAAUGUAUCAGAUAAGUGUUUUACCAGGACUGAGAUACAUCUCGAGAAAGCCUCAUCGUAUGUGGAGGACCGUCCACUGCAGAGGGGUUCACCUGCUGAACGAAACCCAGCAGAGUAAGGUCAAAUCUCUCACCUGUUCCCUCCACCUGAACAGGGAGCUUUUACUCAAUGCACUCCGAAGGACGUUUUCAAAGGCCGGAGUGAACAAGGUUCAGCCGUAUACUUACGGACGAUGCUUUUCCUCCCAGCCCGUCAGCCCUGAGGAUGGAGUCCUGAUCUACUCUGGCAAUCUGGGCAAAGCUGUGCUCGGAGUGAAGUUUUUCUCCUACUCCACCAGCAUGUUCAGCUUGUGCGUGAUGCCCUACGUCCUCACGAAGACGGGCCUCGGGGUAAGCAGCUUAGCGAUGAAGGUGGCGUUCUGCGGCUUCAUCGGGUUCUUCACCUUUCUGACUCCGCUGCUCCUCCACCUGAUCACCAAAGGCUACGUGGUGCGCUUGUAUCACAACAAAGACACGGACAUGUACACGGCCGUCACGUACAGCGCGCUUCUGGUGGAGAAAAAGACUGUGUUUCACCAGAGUGACGUCAAAAUCCCCGACGUGAGCAGGAUGUUCACAAGUUUCUAUGCCAAAAAGCGCUCGAUGCUUGUAAACCCGAUGCUUUUUGAAUUGCCCCACGACUACAACCACCUGAUGGGUUACGAUCAGCCGUUCUCGUUCGACUUGGACGAUUUAAAAAAGCCAGAUAAAAGUUAAGUGUGGUCAGGUUGGUUGUAUCUCUGUAACACUUCAUAAUCACAUAUAAAGGACUGUUAUGAACUAGAUUUUGAAUGCAGGCUGAAAGAUCCCAGCGGGGUGUAACUUAUUUGAGACUUGCUGUAAAUAAAUCUGUCUGUCUGUUAUAA